AUGACUAUGAAGGUGACUCGACGGUCUCAAAUCCCAGGUUCUCGUUUCAGUCCCACAAACGUGGAGCUCGUCAACAUCCUUAGCCGGAGAAUCGAGAGAAAGAAACGACCUAGUUUCAUAACCGACAUUCAAAACUUGUACGAGAAAGAACCCUGGCUUCUUCAGCACGUAAGACACCAUAGAUUCAAGAAGAACGAGUGGUUUUACUUCGUCAAGAGGAAAAAACCUCCGGGAACCAAAAAACCCGACUCGAAGAGACCGAGCCGAAAGGUGGUUGGAUCUGGUAGAUGGAAGACCACUGGUUCUCUGACUCAGAUAAACGAUAAACAAGGAGCCAAAGUCGGUUUCAUGCAGAACAUAACCUUCAAAGCUUAUAGCGAAACAGAGAAAGAUGGGAUCACGACCGGUUGGGUGAUGCAUGAGUUUCUUUUGGAUAAACCGGGGUUUCAAGAAGUGGUUCUCUGUCGAAUCCGGUUUCACCCGGGUAAGGACAAUAAUGCUCAAUAUGCUCCAAGACUCGAACCUACAAUAAUUGGACAGCCACAACCCUCGCUCGAAGAUAGUUGGACGUUGGUGAAGUAUAACAAGAAUGAUGAUGCUACUGGUGAAGAUGUUGAAUUCUUUGAUGUUCCGGUGGAGACACAACCAGGCAUGGAUCAUUGGUUCGGGCCUUGUUCUGUUGAGGUUGUCUCAUUAGACUCCGAUCCUACACAGAAGAAUCAAGACUUGGAGAAGAAGCAUCAUAGCCAGGUCGUUGUUACAUACUCGGUUCAGCCAUAUGAUCCGUACUUAGGGCAGAACAAUGAGUCAACGGCUUUUAUGGAGACACAAGAAAAGGAAAAUGUCGCUGCUCAGGAUGAUGUUCCUUUGAUGAUGAAUCAAACCAUGGAAGAACAAGACACGGAUGUAUCAAUGAACCAAUGUGUUGAUGAUGAAGAACCACAUGGAGGCAUUGUUGACUCUCUUAGUUACAACUAUUUGACUGAACAAUCUCUUGGAGACAGUUUUUAUAAAGAGAUGGAUUCAGACAUGUCUAACUUUGGGGAUGAGGAAUGGGUUAAACUGCUUGGAGAAAAUACACCAGAAGAAGAAGCUGAGCUAAGAGCUGCUCUCGAAAAGUGCAAAACUCCUUUAUCUCUCAUUAACUACUUUUGUCCGAAUAAUUAG